AUGCACAUUCUCUGUCCCGGGUGGCCGCAGCAGCAGCAGCUCCUCGGGGCUCAGUGUCCUUGUGCGGAAAUGACACACGGUCCCGUCACGUCACGCGAGAGCGCAGCGCGCGGACCCCCUCUCUCUCGCGCACACGGACACACAAGCACAUACACAAAGAGCUAAGUGGGAGGGGAAGACACGGGAGCCAGCCACGGCCGCGCUUAUAAAACACCCACCCAAGACCAAGGGGGGCCCUCACCCUCUUUUCCCCACAGUGCCUAAGAAGGACCCAGAAUACAGAAUAUGAAUUCAGAUGAAUUGUUUGAUGAUGAAGAAAAUGCUGAAGUUAUUAUCAAAAAUAUUAUGAAAGUAGAAACAGACAAAGAAGAUGAAGUCCUAGACUGCUCCGUAAUAUCAAGACCUGAAAAAAACACGCUGGAUGGUUUAGUGACUUCUCUGCAAGAAACCAAUAAACGAAAACGGACCUUGUUUGGUUGUGAUAGCUCAGGAAGCCACCAAGAAAUUCUACCAAGUCUGAAAAAAAGAGGCCUUACACAAGAGGGCCUUCUUUCAAACUUGAUGCACAGAGAUGGAUCACCUACUCAGGAAGAUGUGGAACAGCUAAACAAGAGCAAGAAUCCUAGCAUAACGUGGCUCGGUGAAGAAGAAGCCUUAAAUAACACAAUCAUGCCAUCAUAUAAGAAACCUCUGUAUGGGAUCUCACACAAAAUUACAGAGAAGAAAAAUCUGCCAGGAACAGAGCAGUUCACUUCCUAUGAGUUGUUUGAAAAGGUUAAUCCUAGCAGUCCUUCCAAUCUUCGGACAUUGAAUGAGCAACGUAAAAGAGAUAUGAGUGCUAUCACACCUGUUGCUUCUGAGUCCGACCCAAAUAUAUAUUCUUUGAUACAAAAAAUGUUUUACACACUUAAUACCUUAAAUUCCAACAUGACUCAGCUUCACAGCAAAGUAGACUUGUUAUCACUAGAAGUCAGUCGAAUUAAAAAGCAUGUCAGCCCUACAGAUGCUGUAGCAGAAUUCCGGCCACCACCUGAGUACCAGCUGACUGCCUCAGAACUCAAACAGAUCAUGGAUCAGAGUACAUCAGGUGGAGAUUUGGCUUGCCGACUACUGGUACAGCUUUUUCCAGAGCUCUUCAGUGAGGAUGAGUUAAGCAGGACCUGCAGUACCUGUGGCUAUCUUAACAAAAAGAAACUUGAGUCCCUUCAUCUACAGCUCAUCCGAAAUUACGUAGAAGUCUGUUAUCCUUCUGUGAAGAAUCCUGCGGUUUGGCAGGCAGAGUGUUUGCCUCAGGUCAAUGACUUUUUCAGUAGCUUUUGGGCACAGAGAGACAUGGAAAAUAGUCAGCCAGACUUACAGUCCUCCAGUUUUUAUGAGACUGAUCAAGUUAUUGAUGAUAAGGAAGAGGAUGAAGCUCUGCCCAUGGACAGGAGUAGUUCCAUUGCCUCUGAAUGGGUAUUUGAUGCUCAGGAUAUAAAUGAAUUUUUAGAUGAAGCUUCCUCUCCUGGAGAGUUUUGUGUCUUUUUAUUACAUAGAUUGUUUCCAGAACUCUUUGAUCACAGAAAGUUGGCUGAGAGAUAUAGCUGUUAUGGAGAAUGUGGAAAACAAGAGCUUGACCCGCAGCGACUUCAGGUAAUUCGCAGGUACACAGAGAUUUAUUUUCCUGCUAUGCAGGAGAGAAAGGCCUGGUUGCAGCAUUGUGUCCAGCGAAUAAAUGAUGAACUUGAAAGCAUGUAUAUGGAUGACAGUGAGAGUGAACAGAUGAGAGAGGAUUGCUAUGAUUCUUCUAGUUUGCCUGAUGAUGUAUCUAUUAUAAAAGUGGAAGAUAAUUUUGAAUAUGAAAGGCCAGGCAGAAGGUCAAAAAAGAUUUGGCUUGUGCCUAUAGACUUUGAUAAGCUUGAUAUCCCUUCUCCUGAUUUUGAUGUCCCUAUUCCAGACUACCUGUUAAGCAAGGAGCAGCUUAAGAACAUAUAUGAGAGCAGUUUGUCAAUUGGCAAUUUUGCUUCUCGAUUGCUAGUUCAUUUAUUCCCUGAACUGUUUACCCAUGAAAACUUAAGGAAGCAAUAUAAUUGUAGUGGAUCACUGGGUAAGAAACAACUUGAUCCUGUUAGGAUUAAAUUAAUUCGACAUUAUGUGCAAAUGCUAUAUCCAAGAGCGAAGAAUGAUCGAGUGUGGACAUUGGAAUUUGUUGGAAAACUUGAUGAAAGAUGUCGUCGAAGAGAUACAGAGCAAAGACGCACAUACCAACUGCAGCGAAAGGUCCAUGUGCCAGGACCUGAAAGGAGAGAAUUUUUGACCUAUGCAAUAAACCCGGAAAGAUUUAAAGAAGAAUUUGAAGGACCGCCAUUGCCUCCGGAAAGAAGCAACAAAGAUUUUUGCAAGAUACCACUUGAGGAACUUGUUGUUCCUCCUCCAGACUUUCCUGUGCCUUCUCUGUAUCUGCUGUCUGACAAGGAAGUAAGAGAAAUAGUACAGCAGAGCCUUUCAGUUGGUAACUUUGCUGCCAGACUUCUUGUAAGACUUUUUCCAGAGCUGUUUACUUCAGAUAACCUCAGACUGCAAUACAACCAUUCAGGGGCUUGUAACAAAAAGCAGCUCGAUCCUGUCAGACUGAGACUAAUCCGUCAUUAUGUUGAAGCUGUUUAUCCUGUUGAGAAAAUGGAUGAAGUGUGGCAUUAUGAAUGUAUACCAAGCAUUGAUGAAAGAUGCAGACGUCCCAAUAGAAAAAAGUGUGAUAUACUGAAAAAAGCCAAGAAAGCAAAAAAGUGAUGGGAUCUUUUUAGUUUCCAAAGAUGUUGACCACUAAGUUAUUUAGAAGCAGACUGAGACAUCAGUCAGCCUGCUUUAGACUAAUACUCAGAAUAUUCACUCAGCAUUAGGGCAACUGAUAAGAAAAAUGUUGCUCUAACACAUACGGGAAAGGGCAAUACAGUGAGGAUGGGGGAAAGGGGUGUAGGACUAUCCAGUGGGAAUGUCACUUAGAAGAACCUAUUGAAAUGAAUGCAUAUUGUGGGAAAAGAUGUAACUCCAUUUCAGGAUGCCUGGAUGUAGGCUAGGUUUCUUAUAGUGCCCUUGCUACCUACCUGAAUUGGUACACAGCAAAUAAUCAUAAAUUAUUACAGAUGUUCCAGUAGCAUCUCAUUUAAAUAUAAUCAUCAGUGAAAAUAAAUUAUAUAGUUUUAAAAUUUUUAAUUGGUUUUUUAGCAGUGAGUAGUCUCGUGCUCUUUAAAACAGUUUCUGUAGGUACCUUUAAUCAGUCAUUUGGAAACUAACUAAUUUUUUAAUUUUUCAAAGCUGUAGUUUUCGAAGUGCCAUACUCUUUGAAAAAGAGUAGAGAAUCAAGACAGUUUCUGAACUAAUUACAGCUACUCCUUGUAUUAGUUUGAAUAUUGGGAGAGUGAAGUACUACAAAAUCAAUGAACAGAAAAGUUACAAUUUUCUUUAAAGGUUUCCCAUUUUGUUGCUGAAUGGUUGUAAAAGUUAAGAUUAUGAUCAUGGCAUUAUUUAACAUGUGUUAAGUUCGUAGUACCAAUACUUCAGUUGUUAGUCAUCUAAGUUAUUCCAUUGUCCUCAGUGUGACUUCUUGGUAUAAAAGCUACUGGUAUAAGCAUAGGUUGUGAACUAGACUCUUGCCCUGUAUCAGUAGAAUAUGGUGCUAUUACCUGUUAUUCUCACUACUUAUAUUUAAAAAAUACUUGAAUUGAGGAAUGUACAAAAACAUUUAAGCCCAUAUUAUUUUUGUUAGCAAAAUGAUUGCAGCCUUUGAAAAGUUCAAAAUAUUAAAUAUUAUAUGUAUCUAUA